AUGGAGGCACUCAGGGACUCUCUUAUGCAUCUGACUUUUCAGAUGUCAUCAUACAAGAGAGCCACACUGGACGAGGAAGACUUGGUGGACUCUGGCGGCGAUGACAUCUACCAGUCAACACCCAUGCAGGUGACUCUCCGGCAGGGCUGUGGCUCCUCAUGUUGGCCUGAGAAAACGCAGAGGGAGAGGCAGCUUCUGUUUCUCGUGUGUGUGCUGUCUGCAGGCCUAUUCGUAUCGCUCAUCACGACCGCCGUGUUCUACCGGCAGACACAUCCAGGCGUUUGCCUGACCGAGCCAUGCAUCACCGUGGCCAGCGCCGUCAUGUCAGCCUUGGACCGCUCCGUGGACCCCUGCCAUGAUUUCUACAGCUAUGCCUGCGGCGGCUGGAUGAACAACAACCCCCUCCCCGAAGGCAAGUCCCGCUGGGGCUCUUUCAGCAAGCUGUGGGAGCGCAACAUGCUUGUGAUGAAGCAAUUAUUAGAGAACACGACGAUGAAAGAUCUGAGUCAAGCAGAGGAGAAGGCCCAGCGUUACUAUCAGGCCUGCAUGAACGAGACAAAGAUCGAGGAGUUGGGAGCGAAGCCAUUGCAGGAACUCAUCACGCAGAUAGGAGGAUGGGCCUUGACUGGACCCUGGGACAAAGACAAUUUCCAGGAAGUCCUCCGUGCCGUGUCUGCAAAGUACCGGACUUCGCCAUUUUUCACCGUGUACGUCAGUACUGACUCCAAAAAUUCCUCCACUAACAUCAUUCAGGUGGAUCAAUCCAGCUUGGGACUCCCUUCAAGGGAUUACUACCUCAACAAAACAGCCAAUGAAAAGUAUCUGACGGCAUACCACAACUUCCUGGUGGAUUUAGGGGUCCUGCUGGGGGGCUCCGAGGAAACAUCGCGGCUACUUAUGGGGGAGAUUUUGGACUUUGAAACGUCCCUGGCCAACAUCACAGUACCCCUGGAGGCGAGACGGGAUGAGGAGCUCAUCUACCACAAGAUGGAGGCCAAAGACCUGAAAAGUCUGGCUCCUGCAGUGGACUGGAUCCCUUACCUCAACGAGGUGUUUGCUCCUGUGUCCAUCAACGAGUCCGAGCCGGUGGUCGUGUAUGCCAAAGAGUACCUCCAGAACGUGUCGGACCUCAUAACAAACACCAAUAAAAGCCUUCUCAACAACUACAUGAUCAUGAAGGUGGUACGGAAGAUGGUGCCCAUCUUGGACCAAAGGUUCCAGGAUGCAGAGCAGCGCUUCCUAGAGGUCAUGUACGGAACUAAAAAGAGCUGCACUCCCCGCUGGAAGCUGUGCGUCAGCGACACAGACAGUGGCCUGGGCUUCGCUCUGGGCGCCAUGUUCGUCAAGACCACCUUCACCGAGGAUAGCAAGGCCAUCGCCGUGGACAUGGUCAGUGACAUUAAAAGGGCGUUUGAGGACGGCUUGAAGUACGUGAGCUGGAUGGAUGAUGACACAAAAAAGGCGGCGAAGGAAAAGGCAGAUGCAAUUUACGACAUGGUGGGCUAUCCGGAGUUCAUCAUGAAUGCCACCAAGCUGGACAAAGUGUUCAAUGAUUUCGAGGUCGUAUCAGAUCUGUAUUUCCAGAAUGUCAUGCAGUACUUCAACUUCUCUGCCAGGGUGACAGCUGACCAGCUGAGAAAAGCUCCAAACAGAAACCAGUGGAGCAUGACCCCUCCAACUGUGAAUGCCUACUACAACCCCACCAAGAAUGAGAUUGUCUUGCCAGCGGGAAUCCUCCAAAUGCCGUUCUACAACCGCCACUGGCCCAAAGCUCUUAACUUUGGUGGAAUUGGGGUCGUCAUGGGGCAUGAACUGACUCACGCUUUUGAUGACCAAGGCAGAGAAUUUGACAAAGAUGGAAACCUACGCUCCUGGUGGAAGAACUCAUCUGUGGAGGCCUUCAAAAAGCAGACGCAGUGCAUGGUGGAGCAGUACGGCAACUACAGCAUCAACCAGGAGACCCUGAAUGGUCGCCACACGCUGGGAGAGAACAUCGCAGACAACGGUGGACUCAAAGCUGCCUAUGAGGCUUACGUGAACUGGAUCGAAAGGAACGGUGAGGAGGCCACGCUGCCAGCUCUGGGAAUGACUAACCACCAGCUGUUCUUUGUGGGAUUUGCACAGGUGUGGUGCUCCGUGAGGACGCCCGAGAGCUCACACGAGGGUGUCAUCACCGACCCGCACAGCCCGUCCAGAUUCCGAGUCAUCGGGUCCGUCUCCAACUCGCACGAGUUCUCCAAGCAUUUUGGCUGCAAAGUAAAUACACCUAUGAACCCCAAACACAAGUGCAAGCUUUGGUGA